UGAACAAGGUUUCGAUCACUGAAGCUUCUCUGUGUUUGUAAUCGCUUUUUAUAGCUGUUCAAAGCAAUGGUACAUUACUUUUAGCUACACAGUUCGAUUGAUUUUUACAUUGAAAGUGUAUUCACAUCUGUAAUCACAUUUAGUCAUGGUAUUCUGUGACCAUUAGAAAGAAACAAAAAUUAGAUUAAAGCUGUUUAAUCCACCGACAAAUAUUGGUCAUAUGUAUCCAAUUCCAGUCAACAACAACGAUCUCAUUUUUGCCUUUUAGGCGUUCAUUCUGUUUACACCAUAUUUUUUUCUUUAUGUACCAGCUGACACUUAGUUCAAGAUUUCGUACUGUUGGCCUGAUCUUUUAUUAUCAAGUCACGGAUUUAACCGUUAGGUUUAACGGAGGAUAAAUUAUCUGAACUGUUCUUUAGAGAUUUGGUGGGUGGAAUAUGCUGGUUGGUUUUGGCAGUCUUAUGGGAUGGCUUUUAGCUAAUUUUAUUUACUGUAUACUGAAAAAUUGAUCACUGAAUAUAUAGAGAUUACAUAUUAUUCACGUGCGAUAAAAAUGUUAAUAUACUCGAUUUUUAUCCCACAUUAAAAAAAUUAUAAAGGAAUGGAUGUUAAUAAAUACUAAUUCCUAUAAUCUCCUUGCGUAGAUCACAUAUUCUCAAAGAAUCUCAUAACGAAGCACAACUCCGAAUAGAAGCAGGCAGCAAGGAAGUAGUAUUUUUCAUGUUCAGAUCUAGAAACUGUGGUUGAUGUAGGAACAGUUUGUUCAAUAUAAUCUGCAGGAUUAUAGUUCACUCAAUAAACAUUUGGGAAAACAACAAAACAUUCAUUGAUUAGAUUGUUAUAAUUUUUUGGUGACAACCUUUCAGCUAUCAUAAUAAACAUACAUAUACCUUCUUUGGAACCUUCUGAUUGAUAAUUCAAUAUGAGUGUGGAAGUGGAAAUUCAAUCUCCGAAUUUCUGUCAUAUUGAUGGAGAAAAUGAUCCACAUGAAUCACUUAUUCCAGAAGAUAACAUUUCAACUGUAUACAAUGAUCCAUCUAAUAUCAACUUGGAUUAUAAUAAUAACCUAAUAAAUGAUUCAAAUGAUCAUUUACAUGAAGUUCUUAAUAAUUUAGACAUCUUAACUGAUGAGUUAAAGAAACCAUUAGCUGAUUCAUCCCCGACUGAUUUAUCUAAUUUACCAUAUCCUCCUGGUUACUCAAUUAUAAAACAAAAUGGCUCAGCAACGAUGACUGAAAAUCAACAUGACAAAUCGAAUGAAACUGAAGAAGAAAAUUCAAAGGAACCAAGAAUGACAAAAAAAUUUUUAAAGCAACAUUGUGCAAAGAAUAAAUUAUAUCAAACACCACAAUUAAAUGAUAUUCUAUAUCUACAUUAUAAUGGUUUUUCUAAAAUUGAAAAUCUUGAAGAAUAUACCAAUUUAAAAUGUUUAUUUUUAGAAGUAAAUGGUUUAUUAAAAAUAGAUGGAUUACAUAAUCAAAUUGAAUUACGUUCAUUAUAUUUAUCAAAAAAUUUAAUACAUAAAUUAGAAAAUUUAGAACAUAUGAAAUAUUUAGAUACAUUAGAUGUUAGUUAUAAUAUGAUACAGAAAAUUGAAAACCUUGAUUUACUUCCAAAUUUUACAAAAUUAAUUAUAUCCCAUAAUAAAUUAACCGAAAUUAAUGAUUUAAUACAUUUAAUUCAAUGUCCAAAUCUAUCAGUACUUGAUAUACAACAUAAUUUUAUAAAAGAUCCAAAUGUAGUUGAAGAAGUAUUUGCUAAAAUACCAAAUUUACGAGUUUUAUACAAUCAAGGAAAUCCAUUUAUUCGAGAAGUGAAGAAUUAUCGUAAAAAUAUUAUUAAUCAAUGUAAAAAUCUGACCUAUUUAGAUGAUCGUCCUGUUUUUCCAAUGGAUAGAGCAUGUGCUGAAGCAUUUUAUGCAGAGGGAGUUGAAAAAGAACGUGAAGUUCGACAACAAUGGAUUGAUGCAGAUCAAAAAAAGAUUUUAGAUAGUGUCAAAUGGUUAUCUAGUAAGCGUGAAAUCAUAGAAGCAAGACGUCGUGAAGCUGAAUUGCGUAAAAACGCCGAAGAAGCUGGCUUACCAACUGAUAACAUACACGUUACACCAGGUGAUGUUGACUGGUUAUAUGGUGAUGUAGAUAGUGCAAAAAAUGAAAGUGAUUCAGACCAGGAACUUGAAGAAACAAAUAAUAAUGUAGAAAACUCAGCUGUUACUUCAUCCAAUGCAAAGGAUGAAGAACUUUAUACCAUAACAGAUUCUGGAACACUAGAAACUCAACUAUCUGGAAAAUUAUGUUCAUCAGAGAUAGUAAACUUAGAAACGGAUAACACUGAGUUGCAUAUUUCACAGGAAAAGAAUAAUGCAGAAUUAAUUUUGGACGAUCAUACUGCUAUAAGUGAACAAAAUAAUGAUUCUAAUGAAGAUGAACCAAGUGCAAGGGAGUACUUUGGGAAACCAAAGAUUGAAUCAGUUUCAGUGAAUGAAGAAAUACCUUUUGUCAAAGUUAAUGAAAAUAAUUCAAUUUUUAAUCAUUUAAAUGAUGAUCACCGUGGUAACAAUCAGAAUAGUAAUAAUAGAAGCAAUUUAUUAUGCUUCUUAAAUAUUACAGGUAAUGAUGAUGAUGAUGAUGAUAAUGAUGUGUCCGAUCAAGAGAUUGCAGAUGAUUGCACAGAAAGUAUUGAAAUAGAUGAUUUGGCUAUUAAAACAAGAAAUAUGAAAACUUCUAAGAAUUUGAUAACAACAAUCGAUAAUGGUGAUCAACUUGAUGAAACUAUCGUAUUAAGUGAAGAAAUAGCUAAAGAAAACAUAUCUCAUUUUCCAAAAUCUGCAUUCAUUGAAGAAUUAUGUAAUGAAGCUUAUAAUCUGAAUACGUCUUUCAUGAACACAGCAUUAGAUGGAAAAAGAAAUCCUACAAAUUCCGAAGAAAUAGAUGGUCAAGAUGUUAUUGAAAUAUGUGAAGAACAGGGAUGUGAAUAAUAAUGUUUCUUCAACACCCUAUUACAAGAUGAUGAACAAAUCAACCGGUGUGGACAAUACAGUUAUGACACUCUGAUUAAGUUAUCAAGAACGAUAAAAAAUGAAUCAUUCGUGUAAUAAAAUAAAUUUACUAAUUAUCAUUGUUUUACUAUCACUAAGGGGUGGUAUACAGGACGAUUACUUUUCAUAGUCUAGCUCUUCAGGAUCCUG